AUGAUUCUCAAUGCACACGUUCGGCCAGUGAGAACUUCUGACCAUGGUACCAUGGCAGAAGAGACCGCUCGAAUUAGAUGGCCACGAAUCGCAAGCGACAUGGUGGACGAUGUUAAGCGGACUAUAUGGGAAGAGGAUGUUCUUUCGUCCAUGGCAGAAGAGGGUGCUGGAGUUGUUCGAGGACUAGAGGCUCUGAAGGACGACAUUGUCAGCGAUAUGCCUUUGACAGAACUAUCCGGCACAUUAAAUCCAGAUGUGCAAUGGUUCAAUAACUACAUCAGGAGUUCUGAUAAAAUCAGCUGGCUGGACGCACCUUGGCUCUUCGCCGAGUGUUACCUGUACCGUCGAGUCCACUCCAUAUUUCUCGAAACCAAUUACUGGAAGAACUACGAUGUCUUCGAGCGGCAGAAGAAGUCAACCUUCAUCAAAUCUCAAGUGGCGGUCCUGGAACUUGCUCUUCGAUAUGCUAGCACAGGAGCGAAUCUGGAAGACUGUGAUCUAGAUCCAGAACAGCAGUUCUUACUCUUUUCAGAGAUGACACAGGUGGCUCUCUGGGGCAACGCCACAGACCUGUCGCUGCUGACUCACCUUUCGCUCGAAGAGCUCCAGUCGCUGCAAGGGAGAGAAUCAAUUCGAAAAUCGCAACAUAACAUCGUGGAUAACGAUUUGCAAGAAGCCUGGUCAUAUUUAAAUUCCGCGGAGUACCUUCAGAGUGGUCGACAAGUGGACAUCGUACUCGACAACUCUGGUUUCGAGCUAUUCACUGAUCUGGUCUUUGCGGCAUACCUGCUGGAACAAAAAAUUGCAAAAGAAAUUCGCCUUCAUGUCAAGGAUUUCCCAUGGUUUGUGAGCGAUGCGACCAGAAGUGACGUCGAGUGGCUGCUGGAUGCUCUGAAGUCAACCGAGUACUUUCCCACUCGUGCAGGUAUCGAUAGCCUUCAUUCUUGCCUAGUUGGACUUUUCGGAAGUGGCAAGAUCGACAUCAUAUCGAACUGGUUCUGGACAACUGGCAGCUCGUAUCAUGAAAUGCAUGAGAGAGCACCGGCUCUACUGGCUGAUCUCAAAACACGAGACCUAGUAAUCUUCAAGGGCGAUCUUCACUACCGAAAGUUGACCAAUGAUGCCUUAUGGCCUUACUUGACAAGCUUCCAGGAGGCGCUGGGUCCUUUGGGGAAUGAGACAGGUCUGAGAGUCCUUUCCUUGAGGACCAACAAAGCCGAUGUCUGCGUGGGCCUAGAAUCCGAGCAACAGCUUGAGGAGCUUGAAUCAGCCUGUCCAAAUGGUACGUGGGUCCGGAACGGGAAAUAUGCAGUCGCCUCGUUCAGAAAGAACGACUGA